AUGAACAUCAUAUGGGUGGAUUCAGUGAGUGAUUUUUUUUUCCUUCUUUUUUUCCUUCUUUUUUUUUCUUCUUUUUUUUCUUCUUUUUCUUCUUUUUUCUUUUUUUUCUUUUUUUUCUUUUUUUCUUCUUUUUUCUUUUUUUUUUUUUUUUUUCUUUUUAUCUUUUUUUCCUUUUUAUCUUUUUUUCCUUUUUAUCUUUUUUUCCUUUUUAUCUUUUUUUCCUCUUUAUCUUUUUUUCCUCUUUAUCUUUUUUUCCUCUUUAUCUUUUUUUCUUUUUUCCUUUUUUUCCUUUCCUUUUUUUCCUUUUCUUUUUUUCAUUUUCCUUUCUUUUCCUUUUUUCUUUUGCCUUUUUUCUUUUUCCUUUUUUCUUUUUCCUUUUUUCUUUUUCCUUUUUUUUUCCUUUUUUUCUUUUUUUUUUUUUUUUUUCCUUUUUUUUUUCCUUUUUUCUUUUUUCCUUUUUCUUUUUCCUUUUUCUUUUUUUUUUCCUUUUUUCUUUUUUUUUUUUUUUCUUUUUUUUUUUUUCCUUUUUUUUCCUUUUUCCUUUUUUUUUUUUCUCCUUUUUCCUUUUUUUUCCUUUUUUUUUUUUUUUUUUUCCUUUUUUUCCUUUUUUUUUCCUUUUUUUCCUUUUCCUUUUUUCUUUUCUUUUUUUCUCUUUUCUCUUUUCUUUUUCUUUUUUCUUUUUCUUUCUUUUUUCCUUUUUCUCUUUUCUCUUUUUUCUCUUUUUUUCUUUUUUCUUCUUUUCUUCUUUUCUUCUUUUUUUCUUUUCUUCUUUUUUUCUUUUCUUUUUCACUCCUUCCCUCUGCUACAUAUUGUAUUAUUCUGUUUCUCUUUCAACUCAUCCCACUUCCUUUCACUGCUCUGGUUGUUCUUUCUUUUACCACCUCUCUUUCUGCCCCCUCCCACCAUUUACCAUGUUCCCCUGCCUGCUGCUCCCCCCCCCCAACCAUUACCUUAUGGCGUUCCUAG